AUUGGUGGGACUGAUGGUCACUAGACAGUUCAUGUCGCUGUCCAAUGGCGUCUCUCCGUAUGCCAACUACAACAUGGCGGCGCAGACGGCAAGGGGCGUGUCUGUACGGAACGUUUGAGGAAGUAUAGUUGUGGGACCAACCGGGACCGACCGGCCCGGUGGGAAGAGGAUGGCCGGAGUUAGUGAGAAUAAACGACAGUUUUGGAAUAAAAGACCGGCCCGAUUACCAGGAAGUAUCCAGCCUGUUUACGGAGCUCAGCACCCUCCUCUUGACCCUCGAGUGCCCAGGAAUUCUCUUAAGGAUAGUUCUCGAAUCCACACACUUCCUGCUCGAUCAAAGAAACCAUCAAGCUUUCAUGAAUUUGCUAGGAGCACAAAUGAUGCAUGGGACAUUGGUGAUGACGAUGAUGAAAACAUAUCAACUUUCUCUUCCCAAACUCUUAAUUCUAAGGUUGCUAUGGCAACAGCAGCUCAAGUUUUGCAAAACCACAGCAGACAGAGAGAACAUGCUGAUAAAUCUCAGUCUUCAGAUGAGGCCUGGAUCAAUGGCAGAGUUACCAAAUCCAGCAGUGAAAUUCAGCUUUCUGGAUCUUCAGGUAAUGCCAUUGUGAGGGCUACACUCCAAAAACAGCAGUCACUCCCUCACCGGCCCGUUAUUCCUCUGGUGGCUCGUAUAUCUGACCAGAAUGCUUCUGGCACUCCACCAAUGACAGUCCGGGAGAAGACCAGACUUGAAAAGUUCAAGCAGAUUUUGUCAUGUCCUAACACUGAUUUUGAGGAACUAAGGAAAUGUAGUUGGCCUGGCAUUCCACGCGAAGUCCGUCCUAUCACCUGGCGACUCUUAUCUGGAUACCUACCUGCCAAUAUGGAGCGUAGAGAGAUCACUCUUCAGCGUAAACGAGAGGAAUACUUUGCCUUCAUCGAGCAGUAUUAUGAUUCCAGGAAUGAUGAACACCAUCAGGACACAUACCGACAGAUUCACAUUGAUAUUCCACGAACAAACCCGCUCAUUCCAUUAUUUCAGCAACCCUUGGUACAGGAGGUAUUUGAGCGAAUUUUAUUUAUAUGGGCUAUCCGCCAUCCUGCCAGUGGCUAUGUUCAAGGGAUCAAUGACCUGCUCACUCCAUUCUUUGUGGUGUUUCUCUCAGAAUAUGUUGAUGAAGACGUUGAAAACUUUGAUGUGAAACAGUUGUCUGAUGAUGUCUUGCGGAACAUAGAAGCUGACAGCUACUGGUGCAUGAACAGACUUCUUGAUGGCAUACAGGAUAACUACACAUUUGCUCAGCCAGGGAUACAGAAAAAAGUUAAAGCUUUGGAAGAACUGGUGAGCCGGAUUGAUGAGGAGGUCCAUCAGCAUUUUGCCCGCUAUGAAGUGGAAUAUUUACAGUUUGCAUUUCGCUGGAUGAAUAAUCUGUUGAUGAGGGAAUUGCCACUAAGAUGCACUAUCAGGCUAUGGGACACUUAUCAGUCUGAGCCUGAGGGAUUUGCUAAUUUCCAUCUCUAUGUCUGUGCCGCUUUCUUGAUUAAAUGGAGGAAGGAAAUCUUGGAUGAACAUGAUUUUCAGGGACUCCUGAUGCUGUUACAGAACCUGCCUACAAUCCACUGGGGUAAUGAAGAAAUCGGACUUCUCCUGGCAGAGGCUUACAAACUUAAAUAUAUGUUUGCUGAUGCUCCCAAUCACUACAGACGAUAACUAAUAGAACAGGAGAUGAGAUGCCCUUGUAACACUCCCUGUUGACAAUAACAAGGGGUCACUAGCUGCUUUUUUGGGCAGGCCUAGCUCGAAUGAAGUACAGACCAUUUGGGGAACUAUCGUGUAGAGUUGAUAUCCCAUCAGCAGGCCAAAAGUAGAAAGUAUGCCUAGUGUUGUAUUCGAUCUUGUUUUGGAUUUUGGCCUCAUUCCUGGGCUUGAGUGCAGGCUUCAUCAGCUUAUACAUUCCAAGUAUUUUUUCUAAUCAUCGUUGCCUUCCCCUUGUACUGUCACGUCUUAAGAUUUGAUGGAUUUUUGCACACUUAUCUCUGUUCUUCAGCAUGAACAAACACACAAACUGAAGGAACCAGUGCACUUCAUUAUUUAAUAGGCAGAGAGUUUAUUCUGCUCCAGAGUCUCGGUAGUCAGUGUUAGGCUGUAAGCCUUUCAGAAUUACCAGAAGUAUAUAUUUGGGCUUUUAAAUUGUAAAUUUUCUUUUCUUUACUAUAACCAUCCAUUCCUCUUAUAAACUGCUUAUUAUAAUGUAGACUUUCUUAUUGGACUGAGAUGCAACUUUGCUUGAAAACUGUUGAAAGGUAUUACUCCAGUUUAAUUUGGUAUCAGUAGUGAAGGCUGUACAUUUCAAAGUAUGGUAGUACUGCCUAACAGAAUGUAGUACUCCAGGUUCUGCUUGAGAGCUUUUUGAGUUGAUAUUUUUCAUUGCAUUGAUAUUUUACAGAUACACUGUGUUCUGAGCUUUGUUGCAUAAUAGUGACAUUGUGCACUACAUUUUCUGGCAGAGUAAGCUGAUCAUUGGUUAAGUGGGAGGGUCUUUUCACCUCUUAAGAGCCAGUAUUGUUGCACCGGCUGUGGAUGUACAGGACUGUGUGUGUCAAUUCAGUAUUUGUAGACUUUCUAAAGUAACACCUAAACCACAGCAGUAUUGGCCUGUUGUUCUCAUCAGAAUAGUUUCUGUUUUUUUUUCCUGUACCAAACAUGCUGCUGUGGUGAGAAAUGCAUCCUUCGCAAUCAUACCUGUUUAACAGAUGCUAGAGCUGUGAUUGUCCAAUUUUAAUGUUUUGGUGAAAAAGCUAGGGUAGUGCCAUUUCAGCACUGUAUCUUCCAUCCUCAUCAUAUAUCUGAGGAACAGACUGACCACUGCUUACCAGUGAAUUAGUCAUUUCAAAGGUUGGGGUAUGAUAUUGUGAAAUUUUUACUCUGCCAGCUUCUGUAGCAACUGAGUACUGUGUUUCCAAACUAGAAAUCACACUCCAGUCUUGGGAAAAUUAAUUGAGAGGUCAGUUUUAUGAUGCCAAAUUGUAGAAUGGCACUUUUCAUUUGAUUUCACAUUGGGAUCUUUAAGUGUCAUCUUUCUUUGGUCAUUAAGUCGUCAUCUGUCAUGUAAUGUAGUGUUCUUUCCUGUAAUGUAUAUUUCUUUAGUGCACCAUAACUCCUUUCCUGUUAAUUCGGUUUGUAACCCACAAUCUGAGUAGUUGGCAGAAGCAAGAAAGAAACUGAGGACUCUGAAUACCCAAGUAAGUCUACCCUUUCUUGUGUGUGUGAAAAACACUAUACGAUUCAUUUUCAGCCACCGGCUGUUACACGAUUAAACCCAAUUUCUGUAAGUGCA